AUGGCCACGGCCACGGACGCCCAGAGUCGGGAGCAGAGACAUCGGGCGGCAGGGCCAGACCGCGGAAGAGUCGAGGGCAAGGAGCCCUGCUUCAAGCAGCUGUUCGGCAUCGUCGCGCAGCAGAUCGAGAGCUCCGCCACCGUCGCACCGAAAGGACAGCCCCAGACGCCGCCCUUCGAGGUCCAGUGCAUGAGCAUGGUCUGCUGGUCGUGCGCCACGCUGAGGCUCGCCGAGGAGCGGCUGUUCUGCAUCAUCGCGGGCAUCGCAGGGCCCCAGCUGUCGGAGUUGAAGCCGUUCGAGCUGUCCAACCUUUGCUGGGCCUACGCCAAGCUGUCCUUCGGCCUGCCCCAGCUGUUCUCCGCCGUCGCCAAGCGCAUGAUGGACCGCAGGAUCAACGAGUUCAGCCUGCAGGGUCUCUCGAUGGUGGUGUGGUCCUUCGCGACGGCCAAGCAGAAGCACGCGACCCUCUUCCGGAACCUGGCCGUGGAGAUCCACUCGAAGGCGGCUGACGCAAAGCCGCAGGAGAUCGCCAACACCCUCUGGGCAUACGCGAAGAACCGCUCCGUGGAG